AUGAGGCUCAUUCACGCUGUGCUUGGUCUUCUUGCCGGUGCGGCUCCCGCCCUUGUUGCAGCCAGCCCCGCAGCGCCAAUCGGCAAUGGCCGAGACCAGGUAUCUAAAGCAGUAGGCCGACACUUUGAGAUUGACGGCAAAGUGCAGUACUUUGCGGGUACGAACUGCUGGUGGUUGGGCAAUUUGCUCAAUGAUUUCGAGGUCGAGCUUGCUGUCUCUCAGAUUGCCGAAACCGGGUAUAAAGUCGUCCGAACCUGGGGCUUCUUCGGCGUCAACGAUCCAUCCAACCCCGGCCAGCCUGUCUACUACCAGGUCCUGAAUGAAAGCUUGUACGAGGGUGGCUUGGGGAUCAACUACGGGUCUAAUGGUCUGUCUUUCAUACUCCUUCGUUCACCUGCAAUCAAGCGCAGCCCUAACAGACAUCUGAACGCAGGCAUCCGCCGCCUCGACACCGUGGUCUCCCUCGCUGAGAGAUACGACAUCCAGCUAGUCCUGACAUUCAUGAACAACUGGAACGACUUUGGCGGAAUAAACAUCUAUAGCAACGCAUUCGGCAGCAACGCGACUACCUGGUACACAGACAAGAAAAGCCAAAGGGCAUACCGCGAGUACAUCAAAUUUAUCGUCAAUCGGUACAAGGGCUCUUCCGCGAUUUUCGCGUGGGAACUAGGCAAUGAGCCCCGCUGCAAGGGGUGUGAUCCAUCCGUCAUAUACAAUUGGGCCAAGAGCGUCAGCGCAUACAUCAAGAAAUUAGACAAGAAGCAUAUGGUUGCACUCGGAGACGAGGGCUGGCUCUGUCCGCCCGAGGGAGACGGGACCUAUGCGUACGAUUGCUCAGAGGGAGUCGACUUUGUGAAGAACCUCGAGAUCGAGACGCUCGACUACGGAACCUUCCACCUCUACCCGGAAUCCUGGGGUUACAACUACAGCUGGGGCAGCGAGUGGGUGCUGCAGCACGACGCCAUCGGGAAGAGGUUCAACAAGCCCGUCGUCUUCGAGGAAUAUGGGACUCCGCUCAACCAUACGCAGCUCGAGCGGCCGUGGCAGCUGACAACGGUCAAAGAGACGCAGGUGGCGGCAGACUUUAUCUGGCAGUUUGGGACUGUGCUGCCGGUGGAGGGAACGGAGUGGGGAGAUGUCAAUUCCAUCUACUAUGGAACGGAAGAGUACGAGGUUUUGGCCGUCCAGCAUGCGUGGGAGAUGGCCAGGAAGAAGGUGCCGCGGCACUAG